AUGAGCGGAACAACAGAACCUAUUCCUUCACCGGCUCAAGGCGUUGGCCCAGUUUACCGAUCGGAUAGGGAAAAGCCCACAGCAACAGUGUCCAAGAGCAUAUCUUACGAGAACGUCCAUGUCCUUCCUCAGACUCCUCAACUGAUAGCACUAUUGACCAUGAUUAGAGAUCAGAAUACCGGUCGCGCUGAUUUCAUCUUCUACUCGAACCGAAUAAUCCGCCUCCUGGUAGAAGAAGGACUCAACCAUCUCCCAGUUGUCGAGCAAUCUGUCACUACCCCCGUCGGUCGCUCUUAUCUGGGCGUUAAGUUCGAGGGUAAAAUCUGUGGUGUUUCAAUCAUGCGAGCUGGAGAGGCCAUGGAGCAGGGGCUGAGAGAUUGCUGUCGUUCCGUGCGAAUAGGCAAGAUUCUCAUACAACGAGAUGAAGAAACAUGCAUGCCGAAGCUUUUCUAUGAAAAGCUACCCACUGAUAUCUCCAAUCGAUGGGUCCUUUUACUUGAUCCAAUGUUUGCAACUGGGGGAUCCGCAACACUCGCUGUCGAAAUAUUAAAGGCUAAGGGUGUUCCCGAAGAGCGCAUUCUUUUCCUUAACCUUAUCGCGAGCCCCUCGGGUGUUGCAGAUUUCGCCGAACGCUUUCCUAGGCUACGAGUUGUGACAGCCUUUAUCGACCAAGGUCUGGAUGAAAAGAAGUAUAUAAUUCCCGGUCUCGGUGAUUUCGGUGACCGCUAUUAUACCCUAUAA